ACUACUCGCUCCCUGACGAAAACAGCCUUCGUGGCCCGCAGUGUCCUCUUUCAAUGCUCGCAUCUCAGUGCCGGCAGCGAUAGCCAGGGGAUCGACGGCACCGGGCGGACGAACAAGAAGAGUGUGGUGCUGUGUUGGAGUAGUCCCUCGUCCGUAGAGUGUCCGUCGUUCAGCUGGAGUUUGGGGAAGGGGUCCACGGUCCAGAAGCAUGGGUGCCAGGCGGCCGUCGGCGGCCAUACUCCAUCACCGGAGGAGUUCUGCUCAUCCGCCGGGAAAGGAUGAAGCCGCUGGCCAACUGGAUUUGCGGGGCGUGAUAAUCAUGGCAGCCACGCUAGGAGUCAUAGGAUUCUUCUGGGUUAGCGAAUUCAUGCCAACGGACGGUGACGUCAUCACAGAACACACGCCGUACCGUUUGCUCGUAGAAGACAGGCCUCGCGGAGCAAAGGCGACCAGGGAACCCCCGAAACCGGUGCUGCUGACCCUGGAGAGCUGCGCGCAGCUCGUCAACGAAGCCCUCAAGGAAUACGUCGAACGACGUGCAGACGAUCGAGUCGAAACUACGACCUACCACCGGGCAGAGGAAAAUCGACCAAGCAAGCGAAAUCCUCCAGCCAAAGCAGUUCACGUUGAACCCGAAGAGCCACGACAAUUCGAAGAUGAAACCAGUCAAGACGAACAGCCAGCAAAGGCAGCCGAAGAGAGCGCUACCACCGUUGAAAGUGACGAGGAAACUGAAGACGUCACUGGAGACAGUGGUGAAGCUGAAGAAGAUGAGGAGACUAAAGAAGCAGUAGAAGAGGCAAGCGAAGAAGAGUCAGAAGCAGAGGCAGGUGAAAAAGAGGAAGAAGCAGAAGGAGAAUCUGAUGUUGAGGAGGUGCUCAGGGCUGAAGAGGAAGAGGAAGGAGAAUCUGAUGUUGAGGAGGUGCUCGGGGCUGAAGAGGAGGAUGAAGAAUCUGAUGCCCUGGAGGUGUCAGGGGGUGAAGAGGAGGAAGAAGGAGAAUCUGACCUCGCGGAGGUGUCAGGGGGCGAAGAGGAAGAGGGUGAAGUAGAGGAGGGUGAGGAAGAAGAGGGUGAGGAAGAAGAGGGUGAAGUAGAUGAGGGUGAGGAAGAAGAGGGUGAAGAAGAAGAACCUGACGUUGAGGUGUUGGGGGGUGAAAAGGAGGGGGAAGGAGAAUCUGACGUUGAGGAGGGGUCAGAGGGUGAAGAGGAAGAGGCAGACGAAGUAGAAGAGGAUCAAGAGGCAGUUAAGGAAGAUGAAGCAGAGAGCGAAGAGGAGGGCACUACAAGAGUGAGAAGGGAUGUGGGAAGAGAAAAAUAUGUCGAGGAAGAAGAGAGCGAGGAAGGGGAAGCUGCUGAGAGUGAACACGAAGUUGAUGAAAGGGUAGGUGAAAGCGAUGAGGAGACAGAAGGCAUGGGAGCUGAGGGAAGCGAGGAGGAAGGUGAAGUUGAAGAAGCAGAUGAAGGUGAAGAUGAAGGAGCAAGUGAAGAGGAAGAAAGAGAGGAAAGUGAUGAGGAACCAGGUGAGGAAGCAAUAGGGGAAGAGGAACUAGAGCUGGUGAAGACAGAGCAGGAGAGAGAUGAACUGGAUGAAUCCGAGGCAGAACCGGAAGGGACAAGAGUUGGGAGUGAAGGCGCGGAGGAAAGUGAAGAGGAGGAACAGGGAGUAGAGGAAGAUGAAGAAGAGGAAGAAGAUGAAGAGGCAACUGAAGGUGAGCAUGCAGAGGAGAGUGAAGGUGAGGAGGACGAAAUGGGAGAAAUAAAGGAGACAGAUGAAGCAAGCGAGGCUGAAGAAAGUGAGGAAGAAGAGGAUCACGAGGAGGUUGAAGAAAAAAUAGAAGAGGGCAAAGCGGAAGGUGAAACUGAGGUAACGGACCAAGAAGAGCAAGAAAGAGAGGAUGCUGCUGUACUAGAAAUGUCAGAGAAAGAAGAGGAACUAGGGAAGGUGGACGAAGAUGCUGACAUUGCUGCAGAGGAAGAAGAGGAGGAAGAAGAGGAGGAGGAGCCAGAGAUCUUGCCUUCAGGUCAACGUUCACGGAAGCAUAUUGGUGCUAUCCUCGGCUACAAGGACAUAGGUACUGAGGGAGACAAAGAGGAAGAUCGCCUCAUCCAAGAGAUCCUGAAGGAUCUAAAGAAGCUAUCCAUCAAUGCCAUACAGCCCAUGGAGAACUUGUACAAGUUCAAGGAUAUCAGUACACGUCUGCUAGGAGAUGCAGAGAUCUUCAACAAGCCUCUUGUACUGUUCCUCGGACCAUGGAGCAGUGGAAAGAGCACCAUUAUCAACUACCUCCUUGGCACAGAGUACACUAAGGCUGGGUUGAAGACAGGUCCACAACCAACAGACGUUGAUUUCACAAUUAUUCACUACACCGAAAAACUGCAGAGAGUCAGCGGCACCGAAAUGGCAGCGCACUGGGCCUUCUCAGGCGUGCAGAAGUUUGGUCAGCGAUUCCUCGAUCAUUUCAAGGGGAUUGGCAUGCCACAUCCAUUACUGCAAAAGGUUACGAUCGUCGACACCCCGGGCAUCCUGGAGAAACGCCGCGUGGCCUACCCGCUCAACGACGUCUUCCAGUGGUUCAUUGACCGUGCCGAUGCCAUCUACUUCGUCUUCGACCCGAGCAAGCUCGAAAUAGGCGAAGAGACGACGGCUCUCCUCGACCAGAUCAAGGGUCGCGAAUCGCAGACGCGCUUUUUGCUGAACAAGGCCGACUUCGUUCAGCCCCACGACAUCAUGAGGGUUACGGGCCAGCUCCUGUGGAACGUGUCGCCGCUUCUCGGCAGCACGGAGGCCCCCAUCAUCUACACGGUCUCUCUCACUUCGCGGCCGUUCCACAAAGGCACUCCCGCGAGAUUCUUCCUGGAGCAGGAACGAGCCUUCCUGGAACACCUCCGGGAGAUCAUGGACGAGAGGGUGGAGAACACGAUAUCCUUCGCCCGCAGGCACGCCGUCCGCGUUCGCAACCACGCCAAGCUGGUCGACUGCUACCUCAGCACGUUCUACAAGCAGAAGGGCAUCUUUGGCAGCAAGAAGAAAGUGGCCGAACAGAUCACGAAGGAGCCCCAGAAGUACCACAUUUUCGAAGGGCUCAGCAAGCUGACCAACGUGAGCCGGUACGACCUGCCCGACCCGCAGCUGUACUACAAGUUCUUCAAGCUCAACACCCUGUACGAGUUCAAGCAACUUUCCGAGACGUGCAGUUACUUUAAAGGGUGCCCGCUCGACAAGCUGGACAUGGCUAUCGCGUACGACCUGCCGCAACUGCUCGGAAAGUACAACGAGAAGACUAAGAUCAGGCGAGACCACGACGGUGUGCCAAGCGACGAAUCGCCGGUGCCGACGUCGGAAGAAAGGAGUUGAUGUCGUUUCCCAGCCUACGACAUUGCCUUUUGAGGGAAGACGAUUGCCAAAAAGAAAAAAAAAAGAAAGGAUACACAGAGCUGGAAGUUUCUGAGGAAUGGAUGUUACUUCACCGUGCUCAAGAAAAGAGGGGUGGAAAAAUUCGGUCGUUUUGUAACAAAGUGUUGUCAGUUAACCAAGCAUUAAAUAAAAGGAAUGCAACGUCAACCUCUCAGCUCAAGGGCAUCCAAUCGGGAAAGGAAGACAUUCCAGUGAAUGCACCAAGUAUUGCGGCGCUUUUCUGGCUUCCGUCGUUAACUGACAACACUUGGAAAAUGAAAGCUGUGCCUAGAAAGGUAGAAAGACUAUCCCGUUGCACCAAGUCCUCGCUUUGCUUUUUUCGUGAACAAAAGGAAGUCCCUCGGGAAGAUUCCUCGAAGGUUCCUCGAAGGUCCAGGACGUUCCUCAGGAGACUCAGAGUGACAUGGGUCUGUUCCGUCGGGAACCAAUAAUCUGCGGAAGUUCCUUCGUUUGGGAGUUGUAAUGUUGCUCAACCAUGACUACCAGCCAGCACCGGUGACAGAAGAUUUUGAUGAACGACAGUUUUUGUUUGUUUGUUUGUUUGUUUUUCAUAGUCAGUACAAGUGAGAGCAAUGAUAUUUCGAUGAUACAGACUUUUUUCGAGCUCAGUCACACGACACACGCAUUUGCAUCAUGCUUUGAACCUUUUCAGUGCUGUUCUUUAAAAAGCACACACUACUUUUUUUUUACUAUGUUUUACGCAACUUAGCAUUAGUUUUUCACAACAUGCAGACUUCAGUGAGGUAGGUCAGACACAACGCUAAUGUAAACGCUAGCAAGAACACCUUUCCCACCACCAAGACUGAGUGUGCCCUGGCCCAUGUGCUCUUAGUAUGUGAUAGACAAAAUAAAUUGUUCCCAUGUUUUUCAACA